GAUAAGGUUGUUUCCUAUUGGCCGGUUUAAAAUUGUCCAACAAAAAACUCUCCAUGUUUCUUAGAACAAGCCGUUGAGUGUUAAAAACUGAAAAAGAGUGUAAAAAGUGACAAAACUUGUGUGUUUUUAUUAAAAUUUCGUUGUAGUGAUCAAAUUGGGGCCUCCGAAACCAACAAUGUCGAAGCAGAGCGCCAACAUGGAUGACUUUCUCAAAAUCGAGAAAAUCGGUGAAGGCACUUAUGGCGUGGUCUACAAGGGUAAGAACAAGAAAACUGGCCAAUUAGUCGCAAUGAAAAAAAUCAGACUCCAACCUGAAGAUGAGGGUGUGCCCUCCACAGCCAUCCGCGAAAUCUCCCUCCUCAAGGAGCUACGCCACCCUAACAUUGUCUGCCUUGAAGACGUGAUGAUGGAAGAGAACCGUCUUUAUUUAAUCUUUGAGUUUUUAUCAAUGGACUUGAAAAAGUACCUUGAUACAAUCCCUCAGGGCUCAUACAUGGACCCCGAAAUGGUCAAAAGCUACCUUUACCAGAUUAACGAAGCUAUACUUUUCUGCCACCAAAGACGCGUUCUCCAUCGUGACCUUAAGCCUCAAAACUUACUCAUCAACGCCAACGGUGCCAUUAAAGUGGCCGAUUUUGGUCUAGGUCGAGCGUUUGGGGUCCCCGUCCGUGUUUACACUCACGAAGUGGUCACUUUGUGGUAUCGUGCCCCCGAAGUGCUCCUCGGCUCCGCUCGAUAUUCCUGUCCCAUUGACAUCUGGUCUUUAGGUUGCAUUUUCGCUGAAAUGGCCAAUAAGAAAGCCCUCUUUCAGGGUGACUCAGAAAUUGAUCAACUUUUCCGCAUUUUUCGUGUUUUGAAAACUCCAAGUGAUGAAAUUUGGCCAGGAGUCUCCAAAUUACCCGAAUACAAGGUCAGUUUCCCCAAUUGGAAAUCUUGCACUUUGGAAAGUGAAGUCAAAUGUAUGAGUAGCGAUGCUAUAGACCUUUUAAAACAAAUGCUUGUCUAUGAUCCAGUCAAGAGGAUUUCGGCCAAACGAAUUGCUUUACAUCCGUAUUUGCAAAAGGUUGAUACGUCAAUAAAACCGGCUUUUAAUUAAACGAAAGAUAUUAGAUUUAGGUUUAUCAUGUUUAUUACCACUAUUGUCGAAAUAUAUUUGUUUAAAAAAUGUUUAUUUUAGAGAAAAAAACUUUGAAAACCCCCUUUUUUUAUCAUAGGCGAGUCGCACAUGUGUGUAAGUACUAGAAUAAAAACAAAAAAUAAAAUUCACUCCAGUGGCGGGAUGAAGGAAACAGGUUACUUUGGAACAUAGUUUUAAUGAAACAAUUGAAAUAAAUACAUUUUUGUGCAGUUUAACAACGUCUAAAAAAAUAAAAUAUACCCUAAACAUUAAUUAA